AUGCGUUUAAUAUAUGAACGUGGGGUUUUAAUACUGCUACUAUGCUUAUUACACUUACAUAGGGCAAUUGAGGUUAAAGCAGAUUCCGAUACAGAAGAUGCUUGUAAUCCACUUACAGAUGCAACUCCUGGCUUUAAAGUAAGAUGGUACAAUUAUACUCUUCAUGAUACUAGUUCUUUUACAAGUUUAGAUUAUAUGGCUUACGGAUACUAUCAAAAGUCUACAGCUUAUCAUACAAUGAACGGCGUAGAAACAGUUGAAUUUGAAUCAGGGUUUCCAUGCCAAUAUAAUAAAAGAAAUUCUGCCGACUAUUUUAUUUGCGCUUGUGAUGGCUCUAGUGCACCUGGCGGACAUUGGUAUUGUCCAUGUGCCGAGUCUCCAUAUAGCAGCUCAUAUAUAUGCUAUAAUAGUCAGGCAGUUUCAGUAUCUUUACCAUUAGUUUAUGACUAUGAUACUACUUUUACUAAUUUUACCAUGGAGCUUACCGGUUACUUUUUAGCACCAGAAACCGGUUCUUAUACUUUCACCCUUGGAAAUGUUGAUGAUUCAGCUGGCCUUCUGUUUGGUGAAAACGCUUUUACAUGUUGUGAACAAAAUAAUAUUACUGCUGCUACAACUGAUUUCUUUAUAAAUGCCAUUAAAGGAUGGAAUUCAGGACAGGAUGCUACAACUUCAGGUACAAUGAACUUAAUAGGUGGGUUCUAUUACCCACUAAGACUUGUGUUUUCAAAUGCUAUAUCUUAUGCACGUUUAAAUUUUUCAGUAACUUUACCUGAUGGAAAUACAAUAACUAACUUUGAAGGUUAUAUUUUCACUUUUGAUGAAGAAGAAUCUUAUUGUCCUGCCUACUCAACUACCACAGUUCCAUGGACUGGGACAUAUACAUCGACUUUUACCACAAAGGUAACUACUGUUACAGGUACAGAUAAAAAAGUUACAACUUCUAAUAUUAUAUACGUGGAGACACCUGGCAUUGAGGUAAAUUCAACAGAAGUUACUGGGUGGACUAAAGAUUACACGUCUACCUACUUCACUAGUACAAUAACUACCACAGGUACUAAUGGAAUACCUACUACUACCACAAUUUUCUACGUUGAAACACCAGAUGUUGAUGCUUCGACAACAACUACAACAGGAUGGACUGGAUCGUAUAUCAGUACUUAUUCCACCAGUAUAUACACAGUAACAGGAACAGAUGGAAAUCCAACCACAUCUACAAUCAUCUACGUUGAAACACCAGAUGUUGAUGCUUCAACAACAACUACAACAGGGUGGACUGGAUCGUAUAUCAGUACUUAUUCCACCAGUAUAUACACAGUAACAGGAACAGAUGGGAAUCUAACCACAUCUACUAUUAUCUACGUUGAAACACCGGAUGUUGAUGCUUCAACAACAACUACAACAGGAUGGACUGGAUCGUAUAUCAGUACUUAUUCCACCAGUAUAUACACAGUAACAGGAACAGAUGGGAAUCCAACCACAUCUACUAUUAUCUACGUUGAAACACCAGAUGUUGAUGCUUCAACAACUACUACAACAGGAUGGACUGGAUCAUACAUUACUACCUACUCUACCAGUAUAUACACAGUAACAGGAACAGAUGGGAAUCCAACCACAUCUACAAUCAUCUACGUUGAAACACCAGAUGUUGAUGCUUCAACCACUGUGAUUACAGGAUGGACUGGAUCAUACACAUCUACCUAUUCUACAAGUAUAUUCACCACAACCGGUAACGAUGGUAAUCCAACUACAUCUACUAUUAUCUACGUCGAAACACCAGAUGUUGAUGCUUCAACAACAACUACAACAGGGUGGACUGGAUCAUACAUUACUACCUACUCUACCAGUAUUUUCACCGUAACAGGAACAGAUGGAAAUCCAACCACAUCUACUAUUAUCUACGUUGAGACACCAGAUGUUGAUGCUUCAACAACGACUACAACAGGAUGGACUGGAUCAUACAUUACUACCUACUCUACCAGUAUUUUCUCCGUAACAGGAACAGAUGGGAAUCCAACCACAUCUACUAUUAUCUACGUUGAAACACCAGAUAUCAAUAGAUUAAGUACAACCACUAUUGGUUGGGGUGGUGGUUUUACUAGUACCUUUUCAACCGAGAGAUUUAUCGUUACCGGCAGUAAUGGUAUUCCUAUUACUUCUACAAUUAUAUAUGUGGAAACACCAACGUUUGGAUAUUUCAAUACUUCAUCUAGUUCCACUGGUUCUUUCAGCUCUGCUAAAAUACCUGGAAGUACGACCGAAGAAAUGGUAUCCACAGUUGUAACUUUAUCGUCUGGCGAUAUUUCGAAAAGUAUUCCUAUUGUUUCAACCUUGUUUUCUAGUACAAGUAGUUUCUUCGAUUUUUCUAGCAGUUCUGAAAGUUAUGCCUCAUCGAGUUCGAUAACAACUAUUGCAAAUCCUACAACUUCAUCGCCAAUAAGUUCAAGCAGUUCUACUUAUAACUCAUAUAGCAUUCCUGCAAGCAGUACAUCAUCAAGUUACAUUACUAGUAGUACAGAUGUUACAACUUCAUCAUUAUUAAGCUUUAGUAGUUUGGCCUACAACUCAUUUAGCAGUGAUACUAUCGAAAGUUCUACUUAUAUUCCAUAUAGCAGUACUGAAACUUAUACAUCAUCGAGUACUAUUACAAAUAGUAUUACAGCUAGUACAAAAUCAUUACCAUUAAGUAUGAGUAGUUCCAUCUAUAGCUCAUAUAGUAGUGAUAUUGUUACAAGUUCUUUAUCGUUAGGUUUUAGUAGUUAUACCGAUAGCUCCUAUAGCAGUAGUAUUGCAAGUUCUAUUCAUAUUGUCUCUAGUAGUACUGAAAGCUAUACACCAUCUAGUUCCAUUAUAUCUAUUAGUACGGCUAGUACAAGAUCAUUACCAUUAAGCAUGACUAGUUCAGACUACCGCUCAUUUAGUGGUGAUACUAUUGAAAGUUCUACUUAUAUUACCUAUAGCAGUACCGAAAGUUAUACAUCACCAAGUUCCAUUGUUACUUCUAGUAUAGUUAGUACAAAUUCAUCACCAUUAGUUUUGAGUAGCUCUACCUAUUGCUCAUCCUGCAAUGCAGAAAGUUAUGCACCAUCAAGUUCAAUUAUAACUAUUAGUACGGAUGUUACAAGUUCAUUACCAUUAUUCACGAGUAGUUUGGCCUACAGCUCAUUUAGCAGUGAUAUUACUGAAAGUUCUACUUAUGUUUCCUAUAGCGGUACUGAAGGUUAUACAUCAAUGAGUUUGGUUACAAGCAGUGUAGAUGCAACAAGUUCACCAUUAAGUUUUAAUAAUACCAGCUAUAUUUCCUAUAGCAAUACAGAAAGUUAUAUACCACCAAGUUCCAUUGUUACUUCUAGUAUGGUUAGUACAAAUUCAUCACCAUUAGUUUUGAGUAGUUCUACCUAUUGCUCAUCCUGCAAUACAGAGAGUUAUACACCAUCAAGUUCGAUUAUAACUAUUAGUACAGAUGUUACAAGUUCAUUACCAUUAAGUUCCAUUGUAACUAUUAGUACAGAUGUUACAACUUCAUUACCAUUAUUCACGAGUAGUUCGGCCUACAGUUCAUCUAGUAGUGAUACUAUUGAAAGUUCUACUUAUAUUUCCUAUAACAGUACUGAAGGUUAUACAUCAUCUAGUUUGAUUAUAAGUGGUACAUACGCUACAAGUUCAUUACCAUUAAGCUUUAGUAAUUCUAGCUAUAUUUCCUAUAGCAGUGCUGAAAUUUCUGCAUCAUCUAGUUUGAUUACAAGCAGUGCGGUUACUGCAAUUUCGUCACCAUCAAGUUUGAGUAGUUCAACAUAUUGUUCAUCUUGUAACACAGAAAGUUAUGCACCAUCAAGUUACAUUGCAACUAUCAGUACGGAUAGUACAAAAUCAUUACCAUUAAUCACGAGUAGUUCAACUUACAGUUCAUCUAGUAGUGAUACUAUUGGCAGUUCUAAUUCUAUUUCCUAUAGCGGUACUGAAGGUUAUACAUCAUCUAGUUUGAUUAUGAGUAGUACAUACGCUACAAGUUCAUUAGCAUUAAGUUUUAAUAAUUGCAGCCAUAUUUCCUAUAGCAGUACUGAAGGCUAUACAUCAUCUAGUUUGAUUAUGAGUAUUACAUACGCAACAAGUUCAUUACCAUUAAGUUUUAAUAACUCUAGCUAUAUUUCCUAUAGCAGUACCGAAAGUUAUACAUCACCAAGUUCCAUUGUUACUUCUAGUAUGGUUAGUACAAAUUCAUCACCAUUAGUUUUGAGUAGUUCUACCUAUUGCUCAUCCUGCAAUACAGAGAGUUAUACACCAUCAAGUUCAAUUAUAACUAUUAGUACAGAUGUUACAAGUUCAUUACCAUUAAUCACGAGUAGUUCGGCCUACAGUUCAUCUAGUAGUGAUACUAUUGAGAGUUCUACUUAUAUUUCCUAUAGCGGUACUGAAGGCUAUACAUCAUCUAGUUUGAUUAUGAGUAUUACAUACGCAACAAGUUCAUUACCAUUAAGUUUUAAUAACUCUAGCUAUAUUUCCUAUAGCAGUACAGAAAGUUAUAUACCACCAAGUUCCAUUGUUACUUCUAGUAUGGUUAGUACAAAUUCAUCACCAUUAGUUUUGAGUAGUUCUACCUAUUGCUCAUCCUGCAAUACAGAGAGUUAUACACCAUCAAGUUCAAUUAUAACUAUUAGUACAGAUGUUACAAGUUCAUUACCAUUAAUCACGAGUAGUUCGGCCUACAGUUCAUCUAGUAGUGAUACUAUUGAGAGUUCUACUUAUAUUUCCUAUAGCGGUACUGAAGGUUAUACAUCAUCUAGUUUGAUUAUGAGUAGUACAUACGCUACAAGUUCAUUAGCAUUAAGUUUUAGUAAUUCUAGCUAUGUUUCCUAUAGCAGUACUGAAGGCUAUACAUCAUCUAGUUUGAUUACAAGCAGUGCAGUUACUACAAUUUCGUCACCAUCAAGUUUGAGUAGUUCAACAUACUGUUCAUCUUGUAACACAGAAAGUUAUACAUCAUCUAGUUUAAUCAUGAGCAGUACAAGUGUUACGAAAUCAUUACCAUUAAGUUUGACUAGUUCCACUUAUAACACAUUCACUAAUAGUAAAGAUGUACCAAGAUCAAGUUCUGUUUUGAGUGGUAAUGUCGUUACAAAUUCAUUGUCAUUUACACCUAAUAGUUUUACUUCCAGUGCUUCUUCUGCAAUUCCAAUCGCCACCAUUACAGUUACAAGUAUUAGCACCGUUACAGAUUCUGCAACAACAUAUAUUACUUAUGUUACAUAUACUAGUACAGAAUCUACUUUCGGUAAAAAUAAUGGGAAUGAUUAUACUACUACUACUACUAUUACACCAAGUUUGUCAAGUAAUAACAUUCUUUCGAGUACUGAUAGUGUUACGACAACAACUUUUAGCAGUGGUGCGGUUACUUCUACCAUUAUUAAUUCAAAAAACACAAAUGUUGAGACUAGUAAUACUAAGAGCAAUGAGGGCACUACAAUUAUUGAUAAUGGCACUCCUGUGUACUCUGUUACAACCGAAACAAAUAGCAUGGACUUUACCACUAAGACUACGCCUGCUACUAUCGAAACGACUACAGGUACUUUGAGCACUACUUCAAGUACCGGAGAAUAUACCGCUACUAUUACUACCGAUAAUAACAACAAUAUUAGUGAAACCCAACACACAUCCAAAACAUCUGGUACUAAUAACAUUGUUACAAUUUUAACUACUGCUAAUACCGGUGCCACUACUAUCACACCAAUUAUUUCUACGCAACCAGUUACGACAUCAUCCAGUAGUGCAACUAUUAACAGUAGUGCUUAUUCAUUUUCCAUUUAUACAGCUGGUGUUCGCAAAAACACACCAUCUAUAUCAUUAAGUGUUUUCUUUGUGAUUUUUAUUUCAUUUUUUUAA